UGCAUUCCGCCACAGCUGGAAUUUCCGCCAGCCUUAGGGUCUUUCUGCUCCUUCCUUCAGUGAGGAAGAGUCUCAGGGGUCCUUCUAGCACAGAUUAAAGAAGUUCAGUCUACCUGAGUUCAGCUCCCCAGGGACUCUGCAGCCAGUCUCCUAGGGCAAGGGCUGGCUUUGCGAGAAAAUAUCCUUCUGAGACCCCUGGGAAAAGAGACAAAGGGAGAGGAGAAGGAAAGGUUGAGGGAGGGAGCACCUGUCUCAGGACUACCACCUACGUGGGGGCCCUCUGGCUACCAGUGUCCCAGGAGGGGUCCUCCAUUCUGCUUCUCCCACCAAGGUGUUCUGGGGCCCCAGGACCAUGGACGCUCUCAAUAGGAACCAUGUAGGCCCUGGACGCAAGACCCAGGCCAUGGUGCAGAAAGGACCCCUGGACCUGAUCGAGACAGGCAAAGGACUGAAAGUGCAGACGGACAAACCCCAUCUGGUGAGCCUGGGGAGCGGGAGACUCAGCACGGCCAUCACCCUCCUGCCGCUGGAGGAAGGGAGGACUGUGAUUGGCUCUGCAGCCAGGGACAUCUCACUGCAGGGCCCAGGCCUGGCUCCAGAGCACUGCUACAUUGAGAACUUGCGGGGCACACUCACCCUCUACCCUUGUGGCAAUGCCUGCACCAUUGAUGGGCUCCCUGUCCGGCAGCCUACCCGGCUCACUCAGGGCUGUAUGUUGUGCCUGGGCCAGUCCACCUUCCUCCGCUUUAACCACCCGGCUGAAGCCAAGUGGAUGAAGAGCAUGAUUCCGGCAGGGGGCCGGGCCCCUGGGCCCCACUACACCCCUGUUCCUGCUGAAUCUGAAAGCCUGGUGAAUGGAAACCACACCCCACAGCCUGCCACCCGGGGACCCUCCACCUGUGCCAGCCACAGUUCCCUGGUAAGCUCUAUUGAGAAGGACCUGCAGGAAAUCAUGGACUCACUGGUGCUAGAGGAGCCUGGCGCUGCUGGCAAGAAGCCUGCUGCAACCUCUCCACUGUCACCGAUGGCUAAUGGGCGCUACCUGCUGUCCCCUCCAACCAGCCCCGGUGCCAUGUCUGUGGGCUCCAGCUAUGAGAACACCUCGCCAGCCUUCUCUCCGCUCUCUUCACCAGCCAGCAGUGGAAGCUGUGCCAGCCACUCGCCCAGCGGGCAGGAGCCAGGACCUUCUAUGCCCCCACUGGUUCCCGCCCGCUCCUCUAGCUACCAUCUGGCCCUGCAGCCCCCACAGCCCCGCCCAAGCAGUGCCCACCCCUCUGAGAGCCCCCGGCUGAGCAGGAAAGGAGGGCAUGAGCGGCCUCCCAGCCCUGGCCUCCGGGGUCUGCUGACAGACAGCCCUGCAGCCACUGUCUUGGCGGAGGCCCGCAGAGCCACUGAGAGCCCCCGGCUGGGUGGGCAGCUGCCCAUGGUGGCUAUAAGUCUGAGCGAAUAUCCCACUUCCGGUGCCCGUAGCCAACCCACAAGCAUUCCUGGCAGCCCCAAGUUCCAGCCUCCAGUCCCUGCUCCUCGCAACAAGAUUGGCACACUCCAGGACCGCCCUCCCAGCCCUUUCCGUGAGCCACCAGGCAUUGAGCGAGUGUUGACAACCAGCCCCUCGCGCCAACUAGUGGGCCGAACAUUUUCAGAUGGGUCAGCCACCCGUACCCUGCAGCCUCCUGAGAGCCCCCACCUGAGUCGGCGGGGCCUGGACAGUAUGCGGGAACUCCCCCCACUGAGCCCAUCUCUUUCCCGACGGGCUGUCUCCCCCAUGCCUGCCCGGACCACUCCCGAUCCCAAGCUAACUAGGGAAGUGGCAGAGAGUUCCCGGCCUCGGCGCUGGGCAGCCCACGGGGCAUCACCAGAGGACUUUUCCCUGACUCUGGGUGCACGGAGUCACAGGACACGGAGCCCCUCACCCACGCUUGGGGAGUCCUUGGCACCCCGCAAGGGCAGCUUCAGUGGCAGGCUGAGCCCAGCCUAUAGUCUGGGCUCACUGACUGGGGCUUCGCCCCGCCAGAGCCCCCGUGCCCAGAGGAAGCUCUCCAGUGGGGACUUAAGGGUGCCUGUCACCCGGGAGCGGAAAAACAGCAUCACAGAGAUCAGCGACAACGAGGAUGACCUCCUGGAGUACCACCGGCGGCAGCGCCAGGAGCGACUCCGGGAGCAGGAGAUGGAGAGGCUGGAACGCCAGCGUCUUGAGACCAUCCUGAACCUGUGUGCUGAGUACAGUCGGGCUGACGGGGGCCCUGAGGCCGGGGAGCUGCCCAGCAUUGGGGAGGCGUCUGCAGCACUGGCGCUGGCGGGCCGGAGGCCCUCGAGGGGCCUUGCAGGGGCCAUGGGGGCUUCUGUGCGGAGCAACGAGGAGCCUGGAGGAGGCACCCAACGCCUGUGGGAGAGCGUGGAACGCUCUGAUGAGGAAAAUCUCAAGGAGGAAUGCAGCAGCACUGAGAGCACCCAGCAGGAGCAUGAAGAUGCACCCAGCACCAAGCUCCAGGGAGAGGUGCUGGCCCUGGAAGAAGAGCGGGCUCGGGUGCUAGGGCGAGUGGAGCAGCUCAAGGUCCGUGUGAAGGAGCUGGAGCAGCAGCUGCAGGAGUCUGCCCGGGAGGCUGAAAUGGAGCGGGCACUGCUGCAGGGGGAGAGGGAGGCCGAGCGGGCACUAUUGCAGAAGGAGCAGAAGGCAAUGGACCAGCUGCAGGAAAAGCUGGCAGCCCUGGAGACAGGCAUCCAAAAGGAGAGGGACAAGGAGGCAGAGGCCCUGGAGACUGAGACGAAGCUCUUCGAGGACUUGGAGUUCCAGCAGCUAGAGCGGGAGAGUCGCGUGGAGGAGGAGCGGGAGCUGGCCGGCCAGGGGCUGCUCCGGAGCAAGGCUGAGCUGCACCGCAGCAUCGCCAAGCGGAAGGAGCGCCUGGCAGUCCUGGACAGUCAGGCUGGGCAGAUCCGGGCCCAGGCCGUGCAAGACUCAGAGUGCCUGGCCCGGGACAAGAACGCUGCCCUGCAGCUGCUACAGAAGGAGAAGGAGAAACUGGCUACACUGGAAAGACGAUACCACUCUCUCACAGGUGGAAGGCCUUUCCCGAAGACCACCUCGACCCUCAAAGAGAUGGAGAAGCUGCUGCUCCCUGCUGUAGACUUAGAGCAGUGGUACCAGGAGCUGAUGGCUGGGCUGGGGACCAACCCCGCUGCCGCCUCCCCUCACUCUUCCCCCCCACCUCUGCCUGCCAAAGCCUCCCGUCAGCUGCAGGUGUACCGCUCCAAGAUGGAUGGCGAGGCCACCAGCCCCUUGCCCCGGACUCGAAGCGGCCCCCUUCCCUCCUCCUCUGGCUCCUCCUCCUCCUCCCAGCUCAGCGUGGCUACCCUGGGCCGUAGCCCAUCCCCAAAGAGUUCUCUACUCACCCAGAAUGGCACCGGCAGCCUUCCUCGCAACCUGGCAGCCACGCUGCAGGACAUCGAGACCAAGCGCCAGCUAGUUCUGCAGCAGAAGGGGCAGCAGGUGAUUGAGGAGCAGCGGCGGCGACUGGCGGAGCUGAAACAGAAGGCAGCAGCCGAGGCUCAGUGCCAGUGGGACGCCCUGCAUGGGGCAGGCCCCUUCCCCCCGGGCUCCUCGGGUUUCCCCCCACUUGUGCACCACUCCAUCCUGCACCACCUGCCAGCUGGGCGGGAGCGUGGAGAUGAGGGGGAGCACGCCUACGAUACACUGAGCCUGGAGAGCUCAGACAGCAUGGAGACCAGCAUCUCCACCGGGGGCAACUCGGCCUGCUCCCCCGACAACAUGUCCAGUGCAAGUGGUCUGGAUAUGGGGAAGAUCGAGGAGAUGGAGAAGAUGCUGAAAGAGGCUCACGCGGAGAAGAGCCGGCUCAUGGAGUCGAGGGAGCGGGAGAUGGAGCUGCGGAGGCAGGCCCUGGAGGAGGAACGGCACAGGCGCGAGCAGGUGGAGCGGAGGCUGCAGAGCGAGAGCGCCCGGAGGCAGCAGCUGGUGGAGAAGGAGGUCAAGAUGCGAGAGAAACAGUUCUCCCAGGCACGGCCCCUGACCCGCUACUUGCCAAUUCGGAAGGAGGACUUUGACCUAAAGACCCACAUCGAGUCGUCAGGCCAUGGUGUGGAUACCUGCCUGCACGUGGUGCUCAGUAGCAAGGUCUGCCGUGGCUACUUGGUCAAGAUGGGGGGCAAGAUUAAGUCAUGGAAGAAGCGCUGGUUUGUCUUCGACCGGAUCAAGCGCACCCUUUCCUAUUAUGUGGACAAGCAUGAGACGAAGCUAAAGGGGGUCAUCUACUUCCAGGCCAUUGAAGAGGUGUACUAUGACCACCUUCGAAGUGCAGCCAAGAAAAGUUUUUUCAGCUUCACUAUGGUGACUGAGAGCCCAAACCCAGCCCUCACCUUCUGCGUGAAGACCCAUGACCGGCUAUACUACAUGGUGGCCCCGUCUGCAGAAGCCAUGCGCAUCUGGAUGGAUGUCAUUGUCACUGGGGCUGAGGGCUACACUCAGUUCAUGAACUGACCACUGUGGGCCUUCCUGGACCCUCAGGCCAAGUGGGGCCAGGGGUAAUAUUCUGUGAGGAGCUCAGUUUGGAGUUUCUGGGCUCCAGGCCCUCAAGAACCAGCCAGGAGAUGAAAGGUGGGGAGGGGGCUUUGUUGCCUCCUGGGAGCCUGGAAGCUGCAACAACCCUUCAUGGCCUGGCCAGGGCUGAGGGCCAUGGAGCUGCCACAGAGAGGGCCCUCCACUCUGAGCUGGUGCCUGCUUCCCUGGCCUGCUUUCUUUUGUAAAGGACAAAUUAUGGUACCAGAAUCUGCCAAAGAUCCCCACUUCCUCAGCUCCCUGUGCAGGGGUCUUGGGAGCUGACAGAGCCACAUCCAGAGUGGGGUAACAGCUCAGGUGGCAUAGUUCUCAACCCCACUCCACCCCAUCAUUCUCCCACUUUCUUUUUUUUUUUUUUGCUCAAGGGCCAGAGAAAGCAGUGAGUCACUCUUGAGGUCCCAGCCCCAUCCCCUGUUGCAGACCUGUCCCCAUGGUCCCCAUAGUGACUGCUUCAUCGCCAUGGUGACACUCGUUGCUGUGGCGCCGUUGCUCAGCGCCCACUUCAGCCUGUGGGCCCCAUCCUAGGGUACGUGCCACCAUCUCUCCAGCCCAGGCCCCUGGGCA